AUGGACUUCAGUGACAGUGACGGGGACAAUGAUGCAGCCGUUGACAUGGAAACGGCGCAGGGAGCCACUGCAGGUAGAGACAGACACCAGCCCGAUCAGAACCAUGUCUGGAGACGAACCAACCGGAUCGGGGCAUCAGGGUCAAAGACACGAGCUUUCAGAAGAAAGCCGAGAGUUUGUUCUAAUUCGUUUAAUGAGAAUCAUUCUGAUGAGGAAGAGGACAAAGUUUCCAUGAGCUGUCGGCGGUUCGGACUGCGAAAAGAUUACCAGCUCAGUUCUUGCAGAGGCAAGACCUCUGCAGGGGAAGGUCUGGCUGACAUCGAUCCUGUGGGCAUCGAUCAGUCCGUGGGUUUUGAAAGCAUCGGAGGUUUGUCGGGUCACAUCACAUCUCUGAAGGAGAUGAUUGGCUUCCCGCUUGUCUACCCAGAACUCUUUCAGAAUUUCAAGAUUCAGCCUCCCAGAGGAUGUCUGUUUUACGGACCUCCUGGAACCGGGAAAACCCUGGUUGCCCGGGCGUUGGCCAACGAGUGUAGCAACAAGAAGGUGGCGUUCUUCAUGAGGAAAGGAGCUGACUGCCUCAGCAAGUGGGUGGGCGAGUCGGAGAAGCAGCUACGAUUGCUGUUUGAACAGGCCUAUCUGAAGCGUCCGUCUAUCAUCUUCUUUGAUGAAAUUGAUGGUUUGGCUCCAGUCCGAUCCAGCAGACAGGAUCAGAUACACAGCUCCAUCGUGUCAACGCUGCUGGCUCUGAUGGAUGGACUGGACACUAGAGGGGAAGUCGUGGUGAUCGGAGCGACAAACCGUGUGGACUCCAUUGAUCCGGCGCUGCGGCGCCCUGGACGCUUUGACCGGGAGUUUUUCUUUGGUCUGCCUGACAGAGAGUCUCGUAAAGACAUCUUAAAAGUCCACACCCGGGGAUGGACACCUCCCCUUUCUGAAGGUUUACUGGAUGAACUGGCUGAGAAAUGUGUCGGUUACUGUGGUGCUGACAUCAGGGCGAUGUGCACGGAAGCGGUGUUGGGCGCUGUUCGUCGCAACUACCCGCAGAUCUACAGCACCUCCCAGAAACUCCUGCUGGACGUCUCCUCCAUCUCCGUCAGCAGCUGCGACUUUGUGGUAGCCAUGAGCAAGAUAACGCCGGCCUCACACCGCUCAGCUGCCUCCCCUGCAAGACCGCUGUCAGCCAUAGUUCAGCCGCUGCUCGGCGCCACCCUGCAGCACAUCCUGGAGGUCCUGCAGAGGAAAUUCCCACAUGCUGCUCGGGGGUUGAAGAGGAAGAGAGAGCCAGAUCUGACAUCAGAUAUCCUUGACGAUGGUCUGAUGUAUGGAAAUGAGAACUUUUGGUCUUUCAGCACUUUGACGCCAUCCACCUCCAAGAGUAAAAACUUUGCAAGGAGUGCAGCCAAACAGGCGACCUCCAACCGUCCCCGGAUGCUGCUGGUGGGCCGCGCCGGCUCUGCUCAGACCUCCAACCUGGCCCCGGCAGUCCUGCACGCCCUAGAGCGUUUCACUGUCCACAGUCUGGACUCUCCUGAUCUGUUCGGAGUCAGUAGCACCUCACCAGAAGACACCUGUGCACAGGUGUUCAAGGAAGCCAAAAGGACAUCUCCCAGCAUCCUCUACAUCCCCCACAUCCAGCAGUGGUGGGAGACGGCCAGGUCAGAACUGAGGGCAUGUUUCCUCAGCUUGUUGGACAGUAUCCCCUCCUUCUCUCCCAUCCUCCUCCUCGCCACCGCCAGUGUCCCUUAUGAGCAGAUGGACCCAACGAUUCAGGCUCUGUUUCAGGAGCAGUAUGAGGAGGUUUAUACCAUCAGUGUUCCCACCUGGCAGGAGAGAACAGACUUCUUUCAGGAUCUCAUUCUGAACCAGGCAGCUGAGGCUCCACCCUCCAGAAACAAAACCUUGACUCAGACCUUGAAGAUCCUUCCUGUAGCACCUCCGUCUCCUCCCCGGCAGCCGUCGAGACAGGAGCGCCUCCGUCUGGAGGAGCAGGAGGAGGACGUGCUGAGAGAGCUCCGUCUCUUCCUUCGGAAUGUCACAGAGGAGCUGACGCUGGACCGCCGCUUCAAGGUCUUCACCAAACCUGUCGACACUGAGGAGGUCCCGGACUAUCUCAUGGUGAUCAAGAAGCCCAUGGACCUCGCUACGCUUUUCACCAACAUCGAUGAGCACAAAUACGUGACUGUGAGUGAGUUCGUGUCAGACGCAGACCUCAUCUGGCAGAACGCUCUCCAGUACAACCCGGACAUCGACCCAGUAGACCGCCAGAUCCGUCACCGCGCAUGUGCCCUGAAGGACAUGAUCCGCGUUAUCAUCAAAGAUGAGCUGGAAGAAGACUUAGAGAGAUUCUGUGAGGACAUCAGAGAGGCUCGCAUCAAGAGAGCGUUAUCAUGUGGGGCUGUGACCAACCAUGGCGAGGCCACUGACGUCUGCAGCUCCACCGUCUCCGGUAACAGUCCUGAAGCUCGGCAGCUGCACAACAGAGCGGCUCUGGAGCCAAUGCAGCUGGAGUGUCAGGAGGUCCCUGAUGAUGAGCCUUCCUCGCUGACAGUGGACCACAACAAACUCAAGGAUCUGUUGAACAGUGCUGUGGUCAAAACACAGGAUUUUGAAGUGGAGUCGGUGGAGAAGCUCUACGCUCUGCUGGCUCAGUGCAUCUUCAGGCACCGAGACAACCCCGACAAGACGGAGCUGGUUCAGGAAAUGGAGGCCCAAGUUGACAGCUUCACAUCAAUGCUGACAUAAACUUUCUGUGCAUUCAAACAUUAUGUGGUGCUCUUCAUUUUAUUUUAUGAACACAGGAAGUGCACAGGGAUAACUUAGAGAUCGGGUUCCAGCAGGACAAUGUACGGGAUGU